UGAAAAACAAGCCAUUGCAUCACCUAGACAGUAAGUCGAGAUGAGAGAUAUGUUUGGUGGCUUAGGAAAGAUGAGUGGUCUCUACCUUAGAAUAUUGCAAUGUAUGUUUGCAGCUGCUUCUGUUGGAGUAAUGACUUCAGCUUCACGUUUCACAAGAUGGACCAGUUUUUGGUGCUUGGCACUUGUGAUGGGGGUUCUAACUUUCUGGAGUUUAACCCUUUGCUGCCUGAAUCUUCAUAUCUUAAUGCGGAAAAGGAACGUGCAUUCUCUUUUCCUUCUGAUCGUAAUUUGUAUUGGUGAUUGGGUGAUGACUAUUCUAUCUCUUGGUGUUGCAUGCGCAUCUGCUGCUGCGGUGGAUUUUCUAUCCAAGUUUGCUAUUUGCUCAGGGCGGUUCCUGCCAUGCAACAUGUAUGGCCUUUCAAUUGCACUAGCAUUUGUCGCUUGCUUCUUUAUAGCGAUUUCUGCUAGUGUUAUGUUUAGGCUUGUAGCCUCGUUUUAUUAGUUAUAUGCUAAGCUGCCAGGGACAAUCUAUGCUUUAUAUUGUGAAUAUAGUACUAAUAAGCAAUUGAAGUUUUUCAUUUCUCAUUUUCGAUUAUGUUAGCGUUUGUGGCCAGUUUCAUUUGCUUAGCUUCUAGAGUUUGGAUUUAA